AGAUUAAUCGGUUUGGCAUACUAAAUCCCGUUUGUAAAAAAACGUUUCAAAACGUUUCCUGUUGUUACCUUAAUUUUUUGUGUUUCAUAAUCGAACUAGCUAAUCAACUUGGUUUAUUACAUAUUGAGAUACAAUAAAUCUCGUCUAAAAUAGCCUCGUUUUCAUCUACAUAUUUAUUUUUUUAAAAACCAGCCCGGGUGUGUACUUCAUUUGUGACACAUUUUUUCCCGAUACUCCGUGGUCUUCCCCCCCUGUCUCAAGUCACCAAAGUAGCCCGCCUCAGAAAGAUCUAUCGCUGACGCAUCCGCUUAAAAGACUAACUCCACCAAAAAAAAAACUCAGACCACUCAUUUUGAUACUCCACCUUUAUUUUUAUUGGCGACCAGACCAAUCUAGGUACUGGCUAAUUAUAACCCCGCGGUCCGUUUCUAAAUCUCAACCUUCAUACUAAUCUUUUUUAACGGUGACCAUGGUAAAUAUCCACUAUUAGCAAGAGAGAAAAAACCCCCCCACACAUCAAUAAUCUACAUCCAUACGAAUAAACGGUGUUCCCACCUUUUAAUUUUCGUCACUUCUUUUAUUUAUUUAUUAUUAUAGACCGUGACCAUGUUGGGAAGACUUUUUAAACAAAGCUCAACUUCAUCGUUGAACCAACCGGCGUCCAACUCAUCGGGGAACAAUAGUCAUUAUGGCCCAUCUACCACAUUACCAUAUUCAUCUGGAACACAACAUCAUCUUCACCCCGCAGGGAUACCCAACUCGGGGAUGAACAAUUCAUAUGAUGAUUCAUAUAUGCGAGAAAUCUUAUACGGAACAACUGAUUCAUCUCAAUUACAACCAUACACAUUCAAUAAUAAAUUCUUCAGAAUGGUUGUAUCACAAGAUGGAGGUUCACUCAGAUCAAAACAAGUGUUGUACGACUCUUCUGCCAAUGAAGUGGCCUCCUCCACAUCGGCAGUAGCACCACUUUUGCAACGAAAUGGUAGUUCAAAUAGUACCAAUAGUAUUAACUCUAAGAAUAUCUUGACAUCUAAAUUGCAUCAUAAUGUCAAUGAUUUAAAUGAUUAUAUGUUUGGAUGUGGAUUACCCACAAAUGAAUCUCAAUCAAGUACAAAGAUUCAUAUCUUACCCACCUUAAAUAAUCAAAUGUAUGGACUGAAUCAACUGGUUUUAAUAACACGAUUGUUUCUGAUUUGUGAAAAUUUGGACCAACCCGAGAAUAUAAAUAAACAAUCAGAAAAUGAUUGGCACCCCACAUCAACGUUACCCAUUAAGGAAACAUCGGUUAAGAAUAUGAUUGUCGCAAGAAGAAAGGGAACAGUUACAGGGAUCCCCAACAAUGGGAAUCUGAAAUUGAAUAAUAAAUCCAACUCAAUCAAUAGUAGGUUUUCCAUUGGGGUAAUCAUACCCAUAGAAUCUAUGGAUGAAGAUAUUCUGGAUGUGAUCUUUAAUAAUUGGAAUGAAAUCUCUCAUUAUUUGAUCAUCUUACAAAAAUUUAUUAUCAAAAAACUUAUAAACAUUUUAAACAUUGCCAGUGAAACACAAUUACAUUCUGGUGGAGGAGGUGAAUGUCCAUAUAUCAUCAAUAAAAGAAUUCAAUUUCCGAGUUAUGUGCUUCAAAACGAGGUUGAUUUGAAUAAUCAAGUAUUGAAGUUGAUUAAACUUAUACAUUACAAUGCCAACAUUCCAAGAUUAAUCAAUUCAAACAAUUUGAUGUUCAAAUCACUCUCACCGGUUACUCCUAUAAUCAAUUCCACUGUUUAUAAUUGGAUAUCUGAAAUUUUAAAUUGGUUGGAAUUCAAAGAUGGGAAAGUUGGUACUCAUGGAUUAGGGAAUUUUUAUAAUAAUUCAUCAUUUCAAAACAGUCCCAUACAACAGAAUUCGUACAGCCAGAAUUUGAACCCAAUAACCAUUAACAAUGAUGGAGGGCAGUCCAAUACAUUUCUUGCCAGUUUGUUGGCCCUAUUAAUCCCGUUAAGAGACCUGUUGACGUCCAAGCCCUUUGAUUCGUUAGUUGGAGGAGGACAAACAAAGAGAAGAGAAAUAUCCAGGGUUGUGAUUAUGACGGGGAAUCCAAUGGUUGCAAAGAAACUUAUAUUUUUGAUUAAUGGAUUGAUUCCAGAUCACAAUAUAGAAUCCAUGAAAGUUUCCACCGAUGUUCAAGCAUCGGAGGAUACACCAAGGAAGUCCAUGGGUAAAUUAUCAAUUCAAAGUAUUGGAGAAACUAGUGUUGAUAGUGGUGAGGUGGGCGAAGAAGAAAACGAAGGGGAAGAAGAGGAAGAUGACGAAGAAGAAGAAGAAGUAGUAGUUGAUAAUGGAGUACAGACAUACCAAUUUCAAGAUUACAAUACAAAUACUUUUGCCUCACCGCGUUAUACCCUGCCGGAAAUGCUUUCUCCCGUGACGGUGUCAACGUCAACUAGUUCAAUGGCCUCACUAUCAAUAUCGGCACGACCAUCAUUGUCCAUGCUUAGUGGAGCUAGACCUAUCCCAAUUCGUCUGGCAACCCAGAAUUCAGGUACAAGUUCGCCAGAUUCAAAUGCAUCAUCAACACAAGGGGGAAUUAAAGGAUGGGAAAUACCCAAUAAGUCAUCCAUCAGUACAUCAACAACCCCGGGGAAAGUGUCCAAUACUCGGUUUGAGACGGACACCAAAGUAAUUCCUAUAGUUCAACAGGCCCCAGUCCAUCGUUCCUCACUUUCCAAAUCAUCUUCAAUGGCAUACCUUUCAUCAUCGUUAAAUUCAUCAUUAUCUUCGUCAGCUUCAAAUUACUCAUUAUCAAAGUUGAGUGGAAGUUUUUUGGAGAAAUGGAAGGGAUCUUUUGGAAGUGGACACGUUACUUCAGGAAGUGGAAGUGGAAGUGGACACGUUACUUCAGGAAGUGGAAGUGGAAGUGGUAAUAAUGCGGCUAAUUCUCACAUGCACAGCUCAGUUUCUGGAACUAAUAGUUAUUUCCCUAGUGAAACGAUUCCAGCAGCACCAGCUAUGACAUUUGGAAGUUUAAAUAAGCGGGUUUCUAUCCAUUCCUUACGAACUCCAUCUCCUGCCAUUGAACAUGAUGAAUUUUUAUGGCAACAUUCGAAUAACAUAAAUGGGAACAUUACGCCAGUCCAUCUGUCAUCUCAGGGUAAAUUAUCAAGAGCUCAGUCAAUGCUUGACAUGUACAAUAAUGUCAAUAAUACUAAUAAUUACAAUAACUCCCCAAGCUUUGGACGAAGAAUGAGUGUGAAUACUAUAUCUGAAGGAGCUAGAGGAGGUUCAAAUAUCAAGAGAACCAAAUCAAGCAUAUUUUUAACCAAUGCUGAAGCGAAAGGUCAAACCCAACCGAAUUCGAGAAGUGUAAAAGAUAAUAAGAAUAUAAUUCAUUCUAAAUGUUUGUCGAUUAUGCAAACCAAACCAAGUUUUAAGAAGGAAGAACAAAAUGGUACAUUGAAAGUUGAAUUCCAUACUAGUCCAGCGAAUGACAUGAAUAAUGGACAAUUACUUCAAAGGAAAACAUUAUCUCCAAACGUUGGUUUUUCAGAUGAAUUUAGACCAGAAUUUGUGGUACAAUCAUGUCCUGUGAGUCCUAAAUUGGAAUCACUUGUAAUGAAUGCAAUGAAGAAUGAUUUAUUGUUUUUCCAAAAUAAUUGUGCCGUGGAAAAUGUUGUUUCAAAGACAGUAUUUAUAAGUUUAAGAGCAAGAGAAAUCAAACUUAUAGAGAUGAGUGUUGGUGGAGCAACCAAUGGAACAGAAGAUCAAGGAGAUAAAUCUCCAUUGAUUCCCAAUUCUCCUAUUAGUGGUCCACCAGAUUCUGCCAUCAGUGCUUCACCAAUGAAUAGUUUCUACAAUUAUUAUCAUUCACAAGAUAGCAAUUCUAUGGGUACAAGGGUUCCGGAAUUGAAAGGAAAUUCUAAUAAUACUACGAAUAAAAAUAGUUGUUAUAAGACAACCAUGAAGAAAAUAUAUACACCACAAAAAAAUUGUGGGGAUAAACAACUUAUUAAUCAAGUGGAAAACAAGCUUAAUGAAAUCAACAUGUGUUUCACAUCACGCAACAAGCAGGACACUGACGAACAACUCGCGCGAGUUGUCUUGAGCUUAUUAAAGUAACUAGCGUUAAACCCUUAAUGUAAAUAUACGAAUGAG